ACAUGGUCCAAUGUAACAUACCAAUAUGUGUUUCUGUAAUCUUUCUUUUUGUCGUUUUAACAACAGUGUCUCUCGUCGAAGGCACGUCUCCAGUCUUGAGCGCAAAUAUCCCCCUGCCUCCUUUUCUAAACAAGAAUGAAGCAAAACAGAAAUUGAAUUGCCCACAAAGAACAACACCUUUGAAAGUCAAUGAAAACCUUGAACUUGAAUGCUAUAUCCAAGGAACAUCCUUUAAGGGAUUGUUGUUCUGGUACAACACUCUGGUGUUAAAUAUGGAACUGGCCAAAUGUGAUUCGGAUGUUAAGCAAUAUAUAAAGGUGGAGAAGAGGAACGAGCUCAAGGUGCAGUUGAAAGACAAGUGCAUUGUAUAUAAGCGAUAUGAAACCCGUUCCCCUGAAACUAAAAUCUGCGGCUUGACUCUG